AUGCAGUGUGCCCGUUUCAAAAUCCCAGGCCUGCUCCUGCGGCGUUCUUUCUCAUCAUCUGCGCCGCGUCACGAGAUCCGCGAUAUUAGCGCCUUAUCGCAACGUCUGAUCCCUAAAUACCAAGAAUCCCAAGGCGAACUGCUUUCUCUCCAGUGGCCAGCGCCUCCACGAAACAUCUUGCUAGUGCGCAAGGAUUGCGCCCCAACUGUGACUGAAUCUCUCAUUGAAUUUGCCAAUCAUAUCACCUCCACGUAUCCGUCCACCGCCGUUGUUCUAGAAUCGAAGACCGCCGCCGAGGUCCAUUCGUCCCUAUCGUUUCCCGUCUACUCCGCAUCAUUGGAAGAUGAUCCAACUGCGUUUCAUAACAAGGUGGAUCUUACAGUAACACUGGGUGGAGAUGGCACCAUUCUCCAUGCGUCCUCGCUCUUUGCUACCUGCUCCAAUGUCCCUCCGGUCCUAUCGUUCAGCAUGGGGACACUAGGAUUCCUCAGUGAAUGGAAAUUCUCCGAGUUCAAACGGGCUUUUCGAGAAGUUUACAUGUCUGGGGCUGGCGCUGGUGAUCGUACGCAUGUUCUGGAAGAGAGAAUACAACCCAUGGUAGAAAACAAAGAGCAAGAGGCUGCACUAGAAUCUAUGGGGCCAACAGGCUGGUCCUCAGUCCGGGGCAAAUCGAUGGGAUGUACCCGUGGAGCCCCCAUCUUAAUGCGCAACCGUCUUAAGGUUGGGCUAUUUACGAGCGAUGGUCAAGAGACAACGCCCAUUCGCGGCAAAAGCGACCAAGGGGAAGGAGUAUACGUCAUGAACGAACUACUUAUCCACCGUGGUAAGGAACCACAUCUUGCCGUGGUGGAUAUCUCUGUGGGAGGACGUUUUCUGACCGAGGCUGUGGUUGACGGAAUUAUUAUUUCGACUCCGACGGGUAGUACCGCAUACAGCCUCAGUAGCGGUGGCAGUAUCGUCCAUCCGUUGGUCCCUUCAAUUCUGCUGACGCCUAUUUGCGCGCGCAGCCUCAGUUUCCGACCCCUCGUGUUACCACUAAGCACGCCGAUCACCAUGCGGCUCAGCGAAAAGAACCGUGGUCGAGAACUGGAGGUUAGUUUGGACGGGGUUAACCUUGGAGAAGGAAUGGCGACUGGCAUGGAGGUUCGAGUGUGGAAUGAGGAGAUGCGACAUGGGAUCAAUGAAUGGCAGGGCGGCGUCCCCAGUGUCAUGCGGAGAAGUAUGGGGGAUGAAGCGCACGAAGGGUGGGUUGGUGGCUUGAAUGGACUCCUCAAGUUUAACCACCCAUUUGGGGAAUGA